AUGUGGCUCUCUGCUCUGGCCCUGGCUUCCCUAAACACGUGCAUGGCUUUUGGGAACCUGUCCUCACCACCCGUGGUGGACACCAUGCAAGGCAAAGUCCUGGGGAAGUACAUCAGCUUAGAAGGAUUCGUACAGCCUGUGGCCAUCUUCCUGGGAGUCCCCUUUGCUAAACCCCCUCUUGGACCCCUGAGAUUUGCUCCACCACAGCCUGCAGAGCCCUGGAACUCCGUGAAGAACACCACCUCCUACCCUCCUAUGUGCUCCCAAAUUACAGGAGUGGGACCAGUGCUCUCCGAUGUCUUUACUAACCAACUAGAAAACGUUACUCUUGAGUAUUCUGAAGACUGCCUUUACCUAAAUAUUUACUCCCCUACUGACCUGACAAGCACAGACAGGCUGCCGGUGAUGGUAUGGGUCCAUGGAGGUGGUUUACUAUCUGGUGGAGCAUCAACUUUUAAUGGACUGGCCCUGUCUACCCGUGAAAAAGUAGUGGUAGUAGUCAUUCAAUACCGCCUGGGCAUCUGGGGAUUCCUCAGCACGGGAGAUGAACACAGCCGAGGGAAUUGGGGUCACUUGGACCAGGUGGCUGCGCUGCACUGGGUUCAGGACAACAUUGCUAACUUUGGAGGUGAUCCAGGAUCUGUGACCCUCUUCGGCGAGUCAGCAGGAGGGGAAAGCGUCUCUGUCCUUGUGUUAUCUCCACUGACCAAGAACCUCUUCCACAGGGCCAUUUCUGAGAGUGGUGUGGCCCUCACGCCAUGUCUGUACAGGGAGAACACAAGGCGUGCGGCUGAGCAAGUCGCCAUUGCUACCGGGUGUGCGGCCACCACCACGUCAGCCGAUAUAGUUCGAUGUCUGCGUGAGAAGACGGAAGAGGAACUCUUAGCAACAACCCUGAAGAUGAAAUUCUUUGCUCUUGAUUUGCUUGGAGACCCCAGAGAGAGCUACCCUUUCCUGACCACUGUGAUUGAUGGGGUACUUCUACCAAAGGCACCUGAAGAGAUUCUGUCUGAGAAGAACUUCAAUACUGUCCCUUACAUCGUGGGCAUCAACAAGCAAGAGUUUGGCUGGUUUAUUCCAACGAUGAUGGGUUAUCCACUCUCUGAAGGCAAACUGGACCAGAACUCAGCUACAUCUCUCCUGUGGAAGUCCUACCCACUGGCUAACAUCUCUAAGGAACUGACUCCAGUGGCCACUGAGAAGUAUUUGGGAGGAUCAGAUUGUCCUGACAAAAAGAAAGACCUCUUUUUAGACAUGAUGGGAGAUGUGUUGUUUGCUGUGCCAUCUGUGGUUGUGGCUCGAUAUCACAGAGAUGCUGGAGCUCCCACCUACAUGUAUGAGUUUAAGUAUCGCCCAAGCUUCGUGUCUGACAUGAGACCCAAGACAGUGAUCGCAGACCAUGGAGAUGAAGUUUACUCUGUUUGGGGGACACCAUUUUUAAAAGAGGGCGCGUCAGAGGAGGAGAUCAACCUCAGCACCAUGAUGAUGAAGUUUUGGGGCAAUUUUGCUCGAAAUGGGAACCCAAAUGGGGAGGGACUGCCAUACUGGCCAGAGUAUGACGAGGAUGAAAGUUACCUUCAGAUUGGAGCCACCACCCAGCAAGCCCAGAAGCUCAAAGACAAGGAAGUAGCUUUCUGGACCAGCCUCCGGGCUACAGAGGUGGAGAAAGUGACCAAGGGAGACACUCAGAAAUGA